UAGGAGAAUACUUGAACUCUAGACGGCUCGAUACUUGAUAGAAUUAGAAUUAGUGGGUGAAGUGCCGUAAUACCGAUUUUUCACCAUGGGGGCCAUGUUUAGAAGCGAGCAGAUGGACCUGGUCCAACUGCUCAUCCAACCGGAAGCAGCCUAUCCUUCGUUGGCGGAGCUUGGUGAACUUGGAGUUGCUCAGUUCCGUGAUCUCAACGCGGACGUAAAUGUGUUCCAACGAAAAUAUACCAGCGAAAUCCGGCGCUGCGAGGAGAUGGAACGGAAGAUCAUCUACAUCCGGAAGGAGCUUAGCAAAGACGAAAUCCCCAUGCCGGAUCUGUCGGAGAAUGUUCCAAGAACUCCCAAUUCACGGGAAAUUAUCGAUCUGGAGGCAGCUCUGGAGAAAACCGAAAACGAAAUCAUUGAGCUGUCCGAGAACAGCAACGCUUUGCUGCAGAACAUCAUGGAGCUCACCGAAUUGAAAAGUGUUUUGGAAAAGACACAAGGUUUCUUCACGGAAAAAUCCGCCGCUCAAAACCUGGAAGGCACCGGUGGAGAUCCGUACAACGAAAACAAACCGCUAGGCUUCGUGGCCGGAGUUAUCCCACGUGAGCGCAUUAUUGGCUUCGAACGAAUGCUGUGGCGCGUAUCACGUGGUAACGUCUUUCUACGUCAGGCACCGAUUGAUAAGCCGCUGACGGAUCCACGCUCGGGUGAUGAGGUGUACAAAAUUGUUUUUGUCGCUUUCUUCCAAGGUGAACAGCUGAAGAGCCGUGUCAAGAAGGUCUGCAGCGGCUACCAUGCAUCGCUUUAUCCCUGCCCGAACGAUUACUCCGAACGUUCGGAAAUGCUGCAAGGCGUGCGCACUCGCAUCGAGGACUUGAACAUGGUCAUCAACCAGACCAAGGACCAGCGCCAACGCGUGCUGCUAAGCGUUGCCAAAGAGGUUCCGAAGUGGGAAAUCAUCGCCAAAAAGAUUAAGGCCAUCUAUCAUACGUUGAACAUGUUCAAUGUGGAUGUUUCGAAGAAAUGUCUAUUCGGUGAGGCCUGGGUUCCGACGGCCAAUCUGCAGGAUGUGAAGAAUGCUUUGAUCAAGGGUUCAUCGGCUGUAGGCAGCACCGUUCCAUCGUUUUUGAACGUCAUUUCCACAACGGAAAAUCCACCAACAUUUAAUCGCACCAACAAGUUCACCCAAGGAUUCCAGAAUUUGAUCGAAUCGUACGGAAUUGCUUCCUAUCGUGAGUGCAAUCCAGGCUUGUACACCAUCAUCACGUUCCCGUUCCUGUUCGCCAUUAUGUUUGGUGAUUUGGGACACGGAGUUAUACUUUUCUUGCUUGGUCUAUGGAUGGUCGUCUAUGAAACCAGCCUAAGCAAAAACAAGGACGAAAUCUGGCAGUUAUUCUUCGGUGGUCGUUAUAUUAUCCUACUGAUGGGAUGCUUCUCGAUGUACACCGGCUUUGUUUAUAACGACAUAUUCUCCAAAACUAUGAACAUAUUUGGAUCUUCGUGGACAAUUCACUACAACACUUCAACUGUUAUGACAAACAAGGAGUUACAGUUGGAUCCUCGUGAAUUCUAUUCGGAAACUAUCUACUGGUACGGAUUGGAUCCAACGUGGAUGCUUGCAUCGAACAAAAUCAUCUUCCUAAACUCGUUCAAGAUGAAAUUGUCAAUCAUUUUCGGUGUAGUUCACAUGAUCUUUGGCGUUUGUAUGAGUGUAGUUAACCACAUACACUUCCGUAAGCCAAUCAACAUCCUGCUGGAGUUCCUGCCGCAAUUGCUUUUCCUCAUUCUGCUCUUCUUGUACAUGUGCUUCAUGAUGUUUUUCAAAUGGGUUCAAUACACCGCAGUGACCGAAGAAGAUCCACUAAAGCCGGGUUGUGCCCCAUCCGUGCUGAUUAUGUUUAUUAACAUGAUGCUCUUCAAGGAACAGGAACCGUUACCUGGCUGCAAAGAAUUCAUGUUCGAUGGUCAGGAUACCAUUCAAAUGGUUUUCAUCUUUAUAUCGUUACUGUGCAUUCCUUGGCUGUUGUUGGCUAAACCGUUUUACAUUAUGGCUACAAGAAAAAAGCAUGCCGACGGGAAUCAUGUGGCUGCCUCCAAGCACGGUGGCCACGAUGAUGAGCCGAUGAGCGAAAUCUUCAUCCACCAGGCAAUUCACACAAUAGAGUACAUUCUCAGCACCAUCUCGCACACUGCAUCCUACCUGCGUCUGUGGGCUCUAUCGCUGGCUCAUGCCCAGCUCUCGGAAGUUUUGUACACAAUGGUGUUCCACAUUGGACUCAAAUCCGAUAGUUACACCGGUGCCAUCAUGAUUUGGGUGGUGUUUUGGCCGUGGGCUGUGCUUACCAUCGGUAUCCUCGUCGGCAUGGAAGGUCUGUCGGCCUUCCUGCACACGCUGCGUCUUCACUGGGUGGAGUUCAUGUCCAAAUUUUACGAAGGCUUGGGAUAUCCGUUCCAGCCGUUCUCCUUCAAGGCGAUGCUGGAAGCAGAGGCAGAGGAAAAAUAGUGAAUUGCUUUAGCACGGAAAGUGUAAGAAUCAGUCGUUUUGCAAAGAAUGUUACGAACGUGUAGUAAUCAUUAGUAAAUAAUCUGUUGUCUUAGUUCAAUUUAGUACUGCAUUGUUUUCGCUUCAAAAACACUAUAGUUUAAAAAUAUUGAAAAUGAAAUAAUUUCAAAUAGAAUUCAAAUUACAAACAAACUAUUGAACUGUAAAGUUUUGAAUCAAAGAAUUAGGUACAACGAAUCAAAUUAAUUCGACAAUAGCGAAAA